AUGGUAGUGGAGGGGGGGGGGACUGACACUUCCUCCAACACAACUGAGUUUGCACUGACUGAAAUCUUGAACAAACCAGAGAUGAUGGAAAAAGUCAAGCAAGAGUUAGAAGAUGUAGUUGGAAAACACAACAUUGUAGAAGAAUCCCACAUCGACAAAUUGCCAUACUUACAAGCUAUGAUGAAAGAAACUUUGCGCUUGCACCUAGCCCUGCCUCUGUUGGCAGAAGAAUAUGUGUUGGGAUUGCAAUGGCUGAGAGCACUUGAUACACUUUUGCAUUCUUUCGACUGGAAAUUGCCAGAGGGAGAGAAGUUGGAUCUUUCUGAGAAGUUUGGGAUUGUGUUGAAGAAGAAGCUUCCUUUGGUUGCCAUCCCAACUCCAAGGUUAUUAGAUCUAGCACUCUAUGAGUAG